AUUUUCUUAUAAACAGCUGAUUUGUAGUUAUUGUGAAUUGCUUUUUAGAAACAUAUUGUAAACAAAUACUUUUCGGAGUGCAAGUUUAUAGUUAUAAGAUAAUCAUCUCAAUAGUUAACUUAAAAAAAACAUGAAUAUACUUCCAAAGAAAAGAUGGCACGUUCGAACAAAGGACAAUAUUGCCCGUGUAAGACGUGACGAGGCUGCCGCAAAGGAAGAGGAACAGAAACGGCAGGAAAAAUUAUUAUUAGCGGAAAGCGAAGCACGCAUAAACUUUUUGAGGAAAAAAUCUGGUGUACCCAUUUCUUCCACUAAUACAGAAGAAACUUCCACAGACGAUAAAUUUUCCACAGCAAGUGGAAGUAAUGUUGAUAAUCAACAACAUGUUGAUUUAUUUUCUGAUUAUAAAUCGCACAUCAGAAAGACAAAUAAGGCAUUAGAAGAUGAAAAGAAGGAAGAACAAGAGAAAUAUGAAAAGCAAAUAGGGUAUUUAACGUACUUAGGUCAGGAUACCAAUGAAGCUUUGAAAUUACGAAGCUGGUAUGAAGUAGCACCACAACGUUCAGAGGUCGGCGAUAAUAACACGCUUGAAAAAGAUGUGAAAAAUAAACUGGCACAGGAUCCACUGACACUGAUUAAUGCUUUACUUCCUAGUCCAGUUGAGCAAAAGAAAGACGCAGUUAACUUAAAAAAACGUUCUCUUGAAGAUUAUAUUUCUACACCGGAUACACCGCCAAAGAAAAUAAGGAAACAUGAAAACAUAAAUGAGAAAAGUCUUUACACAAAAGAAAAGAAGUCCAAGAAACACAAAAAACAUAAACAUAAAAAAGAUAAGGUCAAAAAUAAGAAGCAUAAAUAUGAAGACACAGACAGUGACCCGGAUGAAGUACAACGUAUUAAACGUGAAAAAUUAGAAAAACUCCGAAAGGAACGUCUUAUGCGCGAGGCUAAUGAACGAGCGCGACAAGAGGAGUUAUUAGCACCAAAGAAACCGGUGCCGGAAAUUGAUAAUACCAGCAAGACGCCACAACAACGAAUAGUUCAAAAAUAUAACAGUCAGUUCAAUCCGGAAAUUGCAAAACAAAAUAUGAUUUAAUUUUUUUCACUUUAAUAAAAUUGUUCUAUUUAUAAAUGUAUGUAUGUAAAUUCAUACAAAAAUACUAAUAUUGCGUGAAUAUACACUUUAGUGCUCCCAUCACCUAAAAUUAA